GACCCCCCCCCCCCCCCGGCCUGGCCCAACCUCCGGGGCCGGGCCCGCCGCGCUCGCUGGGUGCCCCCCCCACCCCACGCCGGCACCGGGACCCCUCUGUGCGCAGCCGGCAGCCAAGGGUCCUUCCCCCCUGCCCACGCUCAGCCCCACCUGGUCCCUGCCGCAGGGGCUGUCCCGGCCCCCUGCACCCCGGCAGUGCCGGCUGGGGUCUUGUCUGGGUGGAAACCCUGCCCUGACCUCCCCCCCCCGGCCUGGGUGGGCCACCCAUGGGUGCUGUGCCCUGAUCCCCGGGGAGAGGCAGCCCGGGCCCGGGGUGCUGCUGUCAGGGAGCUGAGGUCUGCUUGUCCCCCCACCGUUUCGGUGACACCUCGGCCGCCUUUCCCGGCCAGUGUCUGGGACACUUUGGCUUCGCUGGGUCUCACUCUUCCCCCCUCCCCAGCUCGUUUGGGGCUGGGGUAACUUCACAGAGGGGAUGCCGGGGAGCAGGGGCAAGGGGCACCAUGGCUUUCCCCCCCCCACGCAGCGGCAGAGGCGUAGCAGCAUGUCAUUCCCCCGUUCUGGGUGACGUGAGCAGGCAGAGGGGACGGGGACUCUGUGACAAUUGACGUUGUGAGGACCGAGCUGCUUUGCCUCGUGCCUGGGGCUUGCUCUUCCUCUCCGCUGCUUUGCUUCCUCGUCCGCGCUCCUGCAGGCGUAAGGACCUUGAAAUGAGGUUUUGCGGGGAGUGCUUGCAGCCCUGUCUCCAAGUGCCAUCCCCGCUCUGCCCGCUCUGCCGCAUGCCCUUCGACCCCAAGAAGGUGGAGAAGGCUUCCAGCGUGGAGAAACAGCUUUCGUCCUACAAGGCUCCCUGCAGAGGCUGCAGCAAGAAGGUGACCCUCGCGAAAAUGCGCUCUCACGUCUCGUCCUGCGCGAAGGUGCAGGAGCAGAUGGCCAACUGCCCCAAGUUCGUUCCAGUUGUCCCCACGUCCCAGCCUAUCCCCAGCAAUAUUCCCAAUCGCUCGACAUUCGUGUGCCCGUACUGUGGGGCCCGGAACCUGGACCAGCAGGAGCUGGUGAAACACUGCAUGGAGAACCACCGCAACGACCCAAAUAAAGUGGUGUGCCCAGUCUGCUCAGCCAUGCCCUGGGGGGACCCCAGCUACAAAAGCGCCAACUUCCUCCAGCACCUCCUCCACAGGCACAAGUUCUCCUACGACACCUUCGUGGACUAUAACAUCGAUGAGGAGGCAGCGUUGCAGGCUGCCCUGGCUCUGUCGCUCUCCGAGAACUGAGGGUGACUGCGGAGCAUCGGUUCUGACCCCUCCCUUGCACCCUGUCUCCUUUUGCACACUCGGCCUUCCUGCCGGGGAGGCACGGAGCUCGUCAACCCCCCCGGAGACCCGCUGCCGCCUCUCUCCCCUCUCCUCUCUGGGCAAAUCCCACCUUGUUUAAGAAGGUGGAGUCUCUUCAGUGUUGCACUGGACUGGUGAGUGAGGAGAGAUGUCCGCUGCUGGGAGGAGAGAGGAGUUGGUGCCGAAGGGCUGGGAUCGUUCCUCGUUUAGGCAUUUCAUAUCCGUAUACGGAGUAUAUACCUGCAUCCAGAUCUAUUUAUUAUUAGAUGCUUUUUGGCACCAUCUGUCUUCAUGCUCUCUGUCGCAAUUGAAUAGGUACAUCAAACUAUGAUGCGUUUUAUGCAGAAAUGCCCUAGAUUGAAACUGCAAUCAUCCACCUCCUUUUUGAAAAGGAAGAAAACGGCACAGAGCAUCUUUUUUUAAACUCUACAAGGCUAUUUCCAGAGAUGUCGGUCUGUCCCAUCCCUGAUGCUGCAGGCAGGAGCUGCGUCCUUUGCCUGCUACUGCACCGGCCAGGCUGAACCCUGGGGUGAGACGGUUGCCCUCGUGUUCCCCGUGAUGGUAGUGGGUUCAGACAAGUCCACGGGGACAAGUCCGGCGUCCAGUGAAACUCUCACCUUCCUUGUUUUGUACCGGCUCUUGUGAUACUGAGUUCUUGCAUUUUUCUACAUUAAUCGGCGUGAUGCCUUUUUCACGUUUUAUAGAGCGGGAACAGAAGCUGUUACUCUUCACACUGCAAUAUCCGUUACCAGGGACAAGAGUAUUUUUAUGGAACAUUACUGAGAAAGUAUAUUUUUCAAAAAAAAAAAAAAAACCCAACCAACCAAACACGCUGUGGAUUUGAAAUCCAACAGGAGGCAGGAGCCGGACCCCAGGCCAGCACGCGGGACUCUGCAGGGGCUGUGGGAAGCGUGCGGGUGUCCGCUUCGGUUAUUUCUGGGCUGUUCCCUUCCCUUGUCGUCGUAUUUCUCCGCAGGCGGGUGGUGAUGCAGGAGAGGCUGGGUCAGAGUGGCCCCUCAUCGGCUGGAGGAGCGGGUGCCAAGCAGCUCGCCGAGCUGCCUUUUUGAGGAGCAGCAGCCCCGCUUGUGUUCUCCCAGAGCCGCUCAGCCAGCCGUGCUGAGCUGCUAAACCUCUCCGGGGCGUGUGGUCAGGCUCGCGACGGCUUAAUCCUUGCAGGCAGAGCGGCUCUGUGGCGGUGCUGGACGUGACCGUGGGCAGGGUGUAAUCCGGAGCGGCAGUUUUCUGUCCGCAAGUGUGCGCUGAGGGAGCAGGCGGGUUAGCUGUGGCACGACGGAUGUGCGGGAGGGAUGUCUGGAUGUGCAGGAGGGAUGUCUGCCUGUGCAGGAUCCCAUCCCCAACGCUCGGCAUCGAGUCCCCCUGAAAUAGGGGACUGCAUCUCCCUUUCCCAGGGCUCGCUCUGGGAAUAGGACACACCUGGGCAGAAGUUGAUAUGAGAGAUGCUCCGUAGCAUCCUGGUGACCUGUCCCCUCCCCAGGUCCCUUUCCUUUCUGUCCUGCCUGCUGCUGGCGGAGUUUGUUCAUUGGGCUGGGAGAGGAGGGAAGGGAGAGAAUCCUCUGCCAGGCCUUGGGUGGGCUGCUGCCCCCCCGUGCAGCAGAAGCUGUGUCCGACCUGAAGGGUCAUCUCUGGGGCUGGGGGAAAGGAGCUUUGUGCUGGGACCCUGCUUCCCCUCCGUGGGGUCCCACCAGCGACGGGAUCGGUCCAAGGCCCACAGGGAAGGAACUGCGGGGAGGUGGCGAUGCACGAUACCUGUUGUGCCGCCUUCCAGCAAGGGUGUGCAGAGAAGUGUGGGAGAAUGAAUCCCUCCGCGUGUCCCUGCUCGGAGAAGUGCUCUUUCAUGGUUUGUCUGAGACUUGGCUCCAGUUCCAGCUCUGCUCUAGCAAUACUGUCUUGUUUUUUACUUUUGAUUUAAAUAGUACUGAGUGGGUUUUGGGGCUGUGAGCUCCCCUGUGCCACCGGCAGCCCUACGAGGAGCGUGCAGAAACCAUCUGCUCCCCUGGCAGAGGGCAGGGAAAGGGCUGGAGCUGCUCCGCUCCCCUCCCUCGAGGAGGGAUGGGGUCUUCUUUUACCAGCGCGGCAUUGCUGGCACCUGCCCAGCGCGGGGGCUGUCCCUGCGGGGACAGAGACCACUGGCGUCUCCCAGAAUGGACCCAGGAGGGUUUCCCUGUCCCGUCCUCAGCUGGAACCCUCAGGUCCUGGAGCAGCCUCCAUCAGAGCUCUCGCAGGGAGCUCCUUGCCUCUGGGACAGCACUAUUAACCUCUCUUCUUCCUCCUCUUCCUCCUCCUCCUCUGUGCCCCACAAUGCCAGAGCAGGGGCAGCAACGGCUGCUUUUGUAAAGCACUUUAAGGCCCGGGCUGCGAGGGCACAGGCAGCUCCUGCCUCUCCCUGCUUUGCACGGGGUCGGGUCCGGCUCUGCCCGCUGCCGGCCGGGCUGUGCUGGGGAUCCCGCCGUGCCGCCGGCCGUACUCGUCUGUGUUACCCACGACUUUUUGCAUAACCAGAACUUUUAACGAGACGUACUGUUUUUUGAAGAAGAAUAAAAUCAAUGACGUAUUUGUAGCAAACCAUUUUUCUCAAUAAAGGCAGUUUCAUCCA